AUGGAUUUCGUCAACAAGAUCGCCAACCAGGUCCAGGGUGACAAGCCCCAAGGCCAGCAGUCCCAGCAACAGCCCCAGCAGUCCAGCUCCGGUGGUGGCUUCAUGGACAAGCUCCACGGCCUGGCCGGCGGCGGCCCUGAGAGUGAGAAGAAGGAAGACGCUCUUGACAAGGGCAUCGAUUGGCUCCAGGAGAAGGUCUUCAAGCAGGGCCCUCAGACCAACGAGAGCGCGGCCGAGCAGGCCAAGGACCGCCUGAUUGCUCAGCAGAUCCGUGAGCAAUACAAGAAUGCUACGGGCAAGGACUUCCCCAUCAAGGAGGAGGAGAGGAAAGCUGCUGAGAAGAAUGGCUUUGGCGGUCUGUUUUAA